AUGUUACGGUCUGUAAACAAAGACUGGAGCGACGAAAGGCUCUUUCAAGUUUCAAAACGUAUCGUGGAGUCUCAAUUCCAACACGUGGUAUACGGAGAGUGGCUACCAACGUUCGCGGGUCGCGACGCCGUCGAAAAGUAUGACUUGGUGCCAUUGCAAUCGGGAUUCACGACGUACGACAGCACCGUGGACGCCACCUUGAUCGACGAAUUUCCCGGAGCGGCGUUCAGAAUGGGACACUCUCUCGUCAGCGGAAUUUUCCUUCGAGUAAACGCCGACGACCAAGAACAGGUCGGCCUACUAAGAGACUGGUACUUUCAACCAUUCAGCUUGUACCAUAACGAGUUGGACGACAUAAUGCGUGGUAUGCUGUUGACCCCAAUGGAUUCAUCUGACAGGUUCGCAAGUCCCGAGAUCAAUCAGUACUUGUUCAUAGAACCGCCAGACACGUUCGGCCUUGACAUAAUUUCCGUCGACGUCCAACGGGGACGGGACCUUGGCGUCAGAGGCUACCCAGACUACGUCGAGUUCUGCUCUGGGGUCAAGAUAAACACCUUUGACGACCUCUACCUGAAGAACCUGAUGCCCAAGGAGACGGCGGAGAUAUUCCAGAAUCUCUACAAGAACGUCAGUGAUAUAGAUUUGUUUUCCGGGGCCUUGGCGGAGCACCUCGUCGAAGGAACCGUCGCUAGUGCCACGGUGCACUGCAUCACAAAUAGAGUGUUUCAGAGGCUUAAGUGGGGUGAUCGGUUCUUCUACGAACAUGCGGACCAGGCAGGAUCGUUCACGGAAGCUCAACUGAACUCUCUGAGAAACACGACGUAUGCAAGCAUCAUCUGCGCAAACAGCAGGAGCAUCACUGCCGUCCAGAGAAAUCCAUUCAUUCCGGAGGGCCCAGGAAACCCGAAGGUGAACUGCUCCGAAAUUCCAGACAUCGACAUCAGCCAUUGGAGUUUGUAGAACCGCUUGGACGUACGCUGAUUUAUACACAAUGCCUUACUGAAAUAACAGGAAGAAAAAAUAACCAAACUACGAAAUUCAAGGUUAAAGCCUUCCCCUGACCACUAUUAAGACCGGCACUACGUACUCCUUGUACUACGUACUCGCUGUACUACGUGCCACGUACAUGUAUAUUACGACCGGUAUAACGUAGUCCCUUGUAAAACGUCGUCGUCGCGCUGGGGUGAACGAACAACUUGGGUGUGUGCUCGAAAUAAAAUUAUUAUUUUAGA